UUUGGCUCUCACUUUCUGGAAAGUAAAAGGUUUUUGCCCCGGCUCCUGAAACACUUUUUGCAAACCACUCUGAAUCCUCCUUUUCUCGGGUGAAAAUCUCUCGUGAUCGUGGGGGAUCUGCUUCACAGCUGUGGGAUCUAAGUGGACUUUUUUGCAGAUUUCCUGUUUUGAGGAUCCCCCCCUUUCCCAGGAACAUGGGCUGUCACCGACUUGGAUACCCCUGAUAAUUACCCCCCUGGGGACAGGAUUACUGCAGGGAUUCUGAUCUGCCAGAAAGCCACGAGCCUGGACUCGACGGCUGCUUCGAAGGAAACAUUGUUUGUGAUGCGGACUUGAAAUCGUCGUAAAUAUGGAUGACGAGGAAGCCCUUAAUCUGAUCAUGAAGGAUCUGGCUGCGUUAGGAAGGUGCGGGGGUUUACUUGACAAUAACCGGAAGAAGAAUAUUAAGCAGCAGGAUGCCAGGAUUAAGUUUGAAUACAACGGAGAAAAGAGGAUUAUUGAGUUUCGGAGGCCGAUAAAGUUCAAAGAUGUCAUGCAGAAAGUUACAGAUGCCUUCGGGCAAACAAUGGAAUUACACUAUGCAAACAAUGAGCUCCUGGUUCCUCUGAAGUGUCAGGAUGAUUUGGACAAAGCCUUAGAAAACUUGGACAUGAGCCUCUCUUUGAAGAGUUUGAAAAUACUUGUGAAAGUGCCAAAGAAAAAUAUCUAUCUGCAGCCUGUGGGUCCGAAGCAAUAUGAAAUGCGGAUAUCCAAAUCCGUGGGGGAUAUUUUGGGUUCUUUGUACAAGGAUUCCGGGAAGACUCGGAAAUGCUCCACAGGUUCGCUGCACACGGGCCGGAGCUCCCCGCCGCCAGGCAGCGUCCCCGAGGAACAGCAGCAAAUCGCCCGGCAGGGAUCGUAUACGAGUAUUCACAGCGAAGGGGAAUUCAUUCCGGAGGGUCUCGAUCCAUUCAUAAGUCCUAACGGUUCCCUGUCGAGCAGCUGUCAGUCACUGGACCAAUCCUUAGAAAGUCCGGUUUUUUCCACUCCGGUUCCAAGACGAAAAGGUCCACUCAAAGACAGCUUGGAUUGUUUAGACUUUGAGAUUCCGCUGUACGAAAGGUUCGGGAAAGGAGGCACUUUCCCCCGCCAGUUCCACUUUUCACAGAGCCGGAAAGACUACAACGACGGUCGGCGCACCUUUCCGAGGAGUUACGUCCCGCCGGAGAACCUGUUCCAGCUGAGUUCCGGAAACCGAACGCGGAGCGUGAAAGGGGAGAGCUCGCUGGUAACGCUACAGUUUGAGGAGUCCAGGAAACGCGGCUUCAGCUCAGACCAGAACCUGCCCUUCUCCGUUCCCUCUUCGUCUGACCACUGCGCCAAGUCCCCUCAGGCUCCUGAGAACUGGAGGCUGGGAAAACUGCUCGGCCGGGGAGCCUUCGGCGAAGUCUACCUGUGUUACGACGUGGACACCGGCAGAGAACUGGCGGUAAAGCAGGUGCCCUUCGACCCAGACAGCCAAGAAACCAGCAAGGAAGUCAAUGCCCUUGAAUGUGAGAUUCAGCUGCUGAAGCUUCAUCGCCACGAACGCAUCGUCCAGUAUUACGGCUGCCUGCGCGACCCGGCAGAGAGGAAGCUCUCCAUCUUUGUGGAGUAUAUGCCAGGGGGGUCGAUUAAAGACCAACUGAAAGCGUAUGGCGCCCUCACAGAGAACGUGACCCGGCGGUACACCAGGCAGAUCCUGCAAGGGGUGUCCUACUUGCACGCCAACAUGAUUGUACAUAGAGACAUCAAAGGUGCCAACAUUCUGAGAGACUCCGCUGGGAACGUCAAACUCGGGGACUUCGGGGCCAGCAAGAGAAUCCAAACCAUCUGCAUGUCCGGGACCGGCAUCAAAUCCGUGACGGGGACCCCGUACUGGAUGAGCCCGGAGGUGAUCAGCGGGGAAGGAUACGGCAGGAAAGCAGAUGUUUGGAGCGUGGCUUGCACCGUUGUGGAAAUGUUAACCGAGAAGCCCCCGUGGGCAGAAUAUGAAGCGAUGGCAGCCAUUUUUAAAAUCGCCACUCAGCCCACGAAGCCCAAACUCCCGGACAGCGUGUCCGACUCCUGCAGAGACUUCAUGAAACUAAUACUGGUGGAGGAGAAACGAAGGCCUACGGCAGAGGAACUUUUAAAGCACCCUUUUGUUAGCCACAGUAUUUAAGUUUUUAGGUUUUCCUGUAAAAAAUCAAAUGAAGGAUAUCAAAAGUAACAAAAAAAAGACAAAAAAGGGUAUGUUUGCCUCCAUAGAUACGAUAAUUGGGCAAUAAUGAUGGAAAAUGAGAAAAAGUGAUGGUUGCUAUGGACACCAGACUCUUAUUUUGAAAAUGAAGGAAUAAGAAGGUUCUAGAUGUUGGGAUGGGAGGGUUCCUUGCUCCGGCGAUGAUCUGUCUGACGCUUUCUGGAUGAAGACCGGUUGGCGGAUCGCUGAUGGAUUUGACGUCAUGGCGUACCGCGGAAUAAGGGAGUGGAUCAAGAUGAUCUGUGGGAUCUAUGAGAUUUAUUCACUAAACAGUACGCUGUAGGCAUGUUGGAGAUGAUGUCAUCUCACUAUGAC